AAAAAUUGAAUUCAUUUUAUUCGCUCUGUUUUUGUCGUCUUCUGCAUUGAAGGACUUCUCACUCAUUCAUCCAUUUCUCAGAGCUUUUCUUCAAUGGCAGCUUCUUCUACUGCAAGAGACCAACAAGCCUCCUCCUCUUUCUCUUCCAUGUCCCGGUGCGCCUACCACGCCUUCUUGAGUUUCAGAGGCAAAGACCUCCGCAAGACCUUCAUCGACCACCUCCACACAGCCCUCUCCCAAUCAGGAAUUCACACUUUCAGAGACGAUGACGAGAUCGAAAGAUGCCAAGACAUUGACUCCGAACUCAGAAAAGCGAUAGAACAAUCUAGGGUUUCCAUAAUUGUGUUCUCCAAAGGCUAUGCUUCUUCAAAAUGGUGCCUUGAUGAGCUAGUGAAGAUUGUUGAGCGCAACAAGACCUCUGGGCAGGUCAUUUUGCCUGUGUUCUAUGAUGUUGAUCCAUCUCAUGUGAGGAAUCAGACUGGGCCCUUUGGGGAAGCAUUUGAUAGGCAUGAAGAGGAAAGGAUGGGAAUGGUGAAGAGGUGGAGGGAGGCUCUCACUGAAGUUGCAAAUCUUGGAGGGAAGGUUUUGCAGAAUGAAGCUGAUGGGCACGAGUCAAAGUUUAUCCAGGAAAUUGUUAAACAGGUUGGAAGUAAGUUGAAUCGCACUGUUUUGAAUGUUGCACCCCACCCAAUUGGUUUAGAUGCUCGAGUCAAAAACAUUAAUUUGUGGCUACAAGAUGGGUCAACUGAAGUUGGUGUAUUGGCAAUUUAUGGUAUGGGUGGAAUAGGGAAGACAACCAUUGCCAAAACUGCUUAUAACCUAAACUUCGACAAAUUUGAUAGUAGCAGCUUUCUUGCAAAUAUUAGAGAAGCUGCGGAACAACCUAAUGGUUUGGUUGGUUUACAAAGGCAACUUCUUUCCGAUAUUCUGAAGAGGAAAGCCAAAAAAGUAUACAAUGUAGAUGAAGGAAUCCUUAGGAUUAAAAAUGCCGUAUGCUGCAAAAGAGUUCUUGUUGUUCUUGAUGAUGUGGAUCACUGGGAUCAAUUAAAUGUUGUAUUUGGGAUGCGAGAGUGGUUUUUUCGCGGAAGCAAAAUUAUUAUAACAACUAGACACAAGCGAUUGCUAAAGGCUCGUGAUGUGUGUGAGAUGUACAAGGUUAAGGAGUUGGAUGAUAAAGAAUCACUUCAGCUCUUCAGUUGGCAUGCCUUUGGACAAGACCAUCCUGCCGAGGGUUACAUGGAGCUCUCAGAAAGAGUGCUACAACAUUGUGGAGGGAUUCCUUUAGCCCUUCAGGUCUUGGGCUGUUCAAUGUCUGGCAGAAGUGUAGAUGUCUGGGAGAGUGCAAUAAAGAAAUUGGAAGCGAUACCCGACAGUCAAAUCCUUAAAAAACUUAAGGUAAGCUAUGAUUCUUUGGAAGAUGACCAUGACAAGAAUUUAUUCUUGGAUAUCGUCUGCUUCUUUAUUGGAAAGGACAAAGAUUACACGGUUAGAAUACUAGAUGCAUGCGAUUUCUACACAAUAGUUGGGAUUCAAAAUCUUAUUAAUAGAUGUCUCUUAAUGCUUGGUGAAGAUAACAAGAUGAAGAUGCACGACUUGAUUCGGGACAUGGGGAGGGAUAUUAUUCGCCAAGAAUCGCUAGAGGAGCCUGGGGAACGUAGCAGACUCUGGCAUCAUAAAGACUCCCUUUACGUAUUAAGUGAAAAAACUGGUACAAAAAAAAUCGAAGGCCUUGUGCUUGACAUGCAAAUGUUUAUGGAAGACAAGCCCGUUGAAACAUUCUUCAGUAAUAAUGAUGCAAAACGGCAGCGCUCCCAGGAAGUUCUUGAUGAAAUACUGCUGAUGGAGCAAGACAGAUCGUCGAAACGGCGUCGACUUGACAUCUUGAAGCACUCAAUAGAUGCUAUCUCAAAGAUUUCAAAUGAGGCAGACUUGAAAACCGAUGCAUUUGCGAAGAUGCAUGAAGUUAGACUACUGCAGUUCCAUUAUGUUAGACUCACUGGCUGCUAUAAGGAAUUACCUAAAAAAUUAAAAUGGGUGUAUUGGCGCGGAUUUCCUUUAAAAUAUAUACCUGAUGAUUUUGCUCUGGAGAGCCUGGUUGCUCUUGAAAUGAGUAAUAGCAGCUUGAAACAAGUUUGGAGAGGAACCAAGGUGCUUAGAUUAUUGAGAUUUCUUAAUCUGAGUCAUUCCCAUGGCCUUGCUAAAACCCCUGACUUCUCCGGACUCCCCAAUCUCGAAAGAUUGAUCCUUAAAGAUUGCACUAGAUUGGUUGAAGUUCAUGAAUCCAUUGGAGAACUAGAAAGACUGGUUUUUCUGAAUCUAAGAGAUUGUCAAAAUCUUCGGAACCUUCCAAAUAACAUUUAUAAGCUGAAAUCCCUUGAAAAACUCAUUCUCUCUGGUUGCUCAAAGCUCGUUUUGCCCAUGGAACUGGGCAAGCUGGAAUCCUUGACGGAAUUCCACGCAGACAAAAUUGCUGUAAACCAAUUGGUGUCUACCAAUGGUGAGUUGAAAUCAUUGAGGUCGUUCUUUUGGUCUUGGCUAUCAAAACAAAGAAAGCGCCCAGAAUUCAACUUUUCUUUGGAUUCUUUAUCACACACAUUAGUGAAAUUAAGUCUUGCAAAAUGCAAUCUUUCGAAUGCUGCUAUUCCCAUUGAUCUUAGCAGCCUGUCCUUGUUGCAGUACUUGAAUCUUAGCGAAAACCCAAUUUGUAGCCUACCAGAGAGCAUCAAAGGUCUUUGUAUGCUUGAGGACCUUUGGUUAGAUUCGUGCACAAGCCUCCAAUCACUGCCGGAGCUUCCAUCGAGUUUAGUCAAGCUGAAGGCACAAAACUGCACAUCAUUGAAAAGAAUAACAAAUCUACCAAACCUGUUGAAUAGACUGUUUUUGGAUGUGAGUGGUUGUAACAGGUUAGUUGAGGUCCAGGGAUUGUUCAGGUUAGAACCUAUUGGAAACUUUGUCCCGGAAAUGAUCAACAGUUUGGGCUUGUUUAACUUGGAAUCCAUUGAAAACACAGAGGUGGAAUUGUUCAACAAUAUGACAAAAACAAGAAUAAAAUGUCCUAUACAGGGACUGUAUGAAUUUGGUAUAUUCAGCACUUCUCUUCCGGGGAAUGAGAUUCCUGGCUGGUUCAGCCAUAAGGCUAAGGGACACACCAUAUCUUUCAGUGUCCCUUCACAACCUAAUCUCAAGAUGCAAGGUUUCAAUGCAUGCUUUGUAUACUCACGUUCCAGGGAUAAGAAAUACCGGUUUUGGGGUGAAUCCAAUUGGAAUUCAUAUUUUAUCAAAAUCAGCAAUAAGACAAGGGGUCUGAAGUGGGUAUAUAGCCCAACUUUCCUAGGUAUUCCAGACGCCAAAGAAGAUAUGACAUGGUUAAGCCAUUGGAAGUUUGAGAAUCAGCUGGAAGUUGGCGAUGAAGUGAGUGUGUCGGUGGUUGGGUGGAGUCUUGCUUUCUGCAUAAAGGAGUGUGGGAUCAGCUUCAUGUACGAGGGGCAAGAAGAGCAGAAGCGAAUAUCGACAAAGAGUGAAAUUGAAGAAGAACAUGUCAUCAACCAGAACACUGCCCAUCCUUUGCAAAAUGUGACUGAUGGUGUUGAGUCAGCAUAUCAGAUGAGAAGUGGCGAAUACUUCCUUUCACAUUCCGAGUACUUCAUGCUUGCAGAAGGCUCAAGUCAACCAGCAAAGGCUAUUUUGUAUGAAAACUUAUUUCAAGACAAUGUACAAAGUACAGGCUCAACAUAUGAAGGAGAAGGAGAAGGAGAAGAGGAAGAUGAUAGUGAUGAUUUUUAUGAUGAUGACAAUUAUGAUGAGGAGGAACUGAUGACCAUAUUGGGUUGGCAGUAAGGAGGCGAAGCAAUGAUAAGUUGAAUAAGAUGGUCCUUGGUGCUCACUCUUGCUCUCCCGAUGGCUUCUGUUUUCAGUCCGCACAUUCUACCAUCAAGGUGUGAGGUGUUGAGCUGUUGAUAGUCAUCAAACACCUACAGUUAUUUCUGUUUUCAAAAUUUUGCAUUUAGAAUCACUUUACUUUUAUGGAUAAUUGGUGAUUUUCAUAGUCAUAGACAGAGCGGGGGAAGAAUUUAUAAUGACCUGUUAGUGAUAGCAAGGCAACAAUGGUGAUGGUAGAGGGUGGCUUUUGUGGUAUGCACUGUAUACAUGCACACUAAAAUAUUUUUUAUUGUAUUGGUUCUUUUUAGGGCAAAUUACAUAUGCCUCCCUCGAGGUUUAGUUAAAUUGCAGAUACCCCCUGAGGUUUCGGAAAUUACAGAUAUCCCCCUGAGGUUUAUA